UAGCAUUUAGUACAUUCAUAAUAUUGUGCAACCACCCCUUUUGUCUAAUUCCAGAAUUGCUCAUGACCCCAGUAGGAAGCGUGUUCCCAUCAGCCUUCACUCCCCGAUCCCUGGCACCCACACGUCCUCUCGCUGCCUCUGUAGGACAUUUCAUAGAGAUGACGUGGGCUGUGCCCCUUCCCCUCCCACCAGCAAGGGCCAGGGAUGGAAGGAUGCUGUGGCCUUCGCCUCCUGGCCCUGCUCCCCCACCCUUCACGGCACUGAAGCAGGCCAGGGACUCGGAGGGACGCCUCUGCCCCUCUUGUCCGUCGGUAUCACCAGAGUCGUUGAGACAGUGAAUUCCCUUUUCACGGAAACGGCUGUCUUGGCCGGGAGCCCGCAAACUUCCUGUGGAGGGCGAGGCCAGCAGUGUGUGCAUCUGUGGCUGCCAGGACGUCCACCCCACUGUUUGCCAGACCCUGAGCUGGGCGCUGGAGAUAGGGAAGUGCUCGGGAUCGCACCGUCCUCACACUCCUCGGCUUAGGUGCUGGCUGAACAGAAAGAGACCAACAAGGGCAAGACGGUUAAGGGACCAAGCACUGUAGAGCCUCGGGGGGAACCGCCAGGCCCCUGAGAAACAGCAACAGAGAAAAACAUGCCUGGAGUUCGAGGGGGCGGCUCUCGGGACAGUGUCCAGGCCUUGAGGUGGGGGAGGCAGGAAGGCCCCGGAGCCACCAGGGGCAGAGGAAAGGGCUCGACCUCAGGGGUGGCCGAGGAGGCGAAGGGCUGCGGGGAAAAGGGACGUGGCUCCACUGCGGGGUUUCCGAUGGCGUCUGACACCUGUUCUCUCCCCUCAGUACAUGGGCUGCAUCGAGGUCCUCCGCUCCAUGCGCUCCCUGGACUUUAACACACGCACGCAGGUGACCAGGGAAGCCAUCAACCGGCUCCACGAGGCCGUGCCUGGCGUCCGGGGAUCCUGGAAGAAAAAGGCCCCCAACAAGGCCCUGGCGUCCGUCCUGGGCAAGAGCAACCUUCGCUUCGCCGGCAUGAGCAUCUCCAUCCACAUCUCCACCGACGGCCUCAGCCUCUCCGUGCCCGCCACGCGCCAGGUCAUCGCCAACCACCACAUGCCGUCCAUCUCCUUCGCAUCAGGUGGAGACACGGACAUGACGGAUUACGUGGCCUACGUCGCCAAGGACCCCAUCAACCAGAGAGCCUGCCACAUCCUGGAGUGCUGUGAGGGCCUGGCCCAGAGCGUCAUCAGCACCGUCGGCCAAGCCUUCGAGCUGCGCUUCAAGCAGUACCUGCACAGCCCACCCAAGGUGGCACUGCCCCCAGAAAGGACUCGGGAGGACUGAGCGAGCUGACUCCCCGGUGUGCCCGAGGCUGUCAGCCCUGCCGCUAUAACCAACAUCCCUCCUCCAGCCGCGCGGCCCAAACGGCCUCUGUCCCACCACAGAGGAUGUGUAAAGGGGGGACGUGUCUGUGUGCUGGUAACACGUUAUUUAUAGACACUGAAGUGUGAAUGUCUCGUGUCGCAAAAUAUGAUUCUCUGGAUGUUUUCUCAGACACUUAACUUUGAUGAUUUAGAGGCUGAAAGCCCGUUCUUAGCUCGUGGACACACAGAUCUAGGCGGUGAGCUGGAUUUGGCUCUGGGCUGGGGUUUGCCAGCCGGCCUUGGAGAAGGAGGCAUUUAAGUCUCUAUUCAUCAUUAGAAAGUCAUGUUCCUCCAACGGUGGGAGGGCAGGUGCAGGCCCGUGAGCUCCCAGCCCUGCUGGUCACGCGUGCUCACGCUCACCCCUUUGUGCACAGGGACGGCGUGCUCGACGCACAUUGCUCGGCGCGCUCCGACGCUGGGACGGGCUCCUCGCCUGCCUCUGGAGCUGCCCCUGCCUUCCGUAGGCUGCCCUGUGGUUUAUCCCGGCAGCGAUUGUGGGCCAGGCGGCGUGUGCCCCUCUGGCUCUCCGGGCUGUGCUUGCUGAGGAGCCCGCCAGCGCCUUCAGGGCCGGAGGGCGGGGGUGCUCUGAGCCCAGAGAGUUGCCACCCUGACCGGCGACGUCCUGGUUCUGGGGAUAAACUUGGCUCCUGCCCUCUGUUGCCGGGCGGCGCCGGAGAUGGGCAGAAAGGAGUGGGACCCGGUUUGCCAGCGUCCUGCCUUUUGUGCUGCAGCUUGGAAAUGUGUGCAACAUUCCAUGUCAGAGACGAGGAAGUAGUGGGCCCCGUCACUCGCUCGCGAAGCGUUUCCUGGUGGGAACCCUCAGCGACAGGCGGGGGGCUGGGAUUCGAACUCAGGCCUUUCCUGCUCCCCCAGAAGCUCAAGCUGUGAGGGUUUAGCCCCCUUGGGCCCUGCCUGUGCCACGGCCAUUGCUGUCUGUC